GCGUCGACCCCACUGCGCAGGCGUUAACUUCUGCCUCCAACAACAAGAAGCAGGAGCCAGACAACAUGGCCGACCUGGGGAAAAAGUACUGCGUUAACUGCCUUUCGGAUGUCACCAACCUCCGGCUUCGCUGCACGGAGUGUUCUGACAUCGAGCUAUGUCCAGAGUGCUUCUCGGCGGGCGCGGAGAUCAGUAACCACCGCAGAUGGCACGGUUACCAGCUGGUGGACGGCGGCCGCUUCUCGCUCUGGGGUCCUGAGGCGGAGGGAGGCUGGACCGGCAGGGAAGAGCAGUCGCUGUUAGAUGCCAUCGAGCAGUACGGCUUUGGCAACUGGGAGGACAUGGCAGCUCACGUGGGACCCUCCCGCACCCCUCAGGAAGUGAUGGAACACUAUGUCACCAUGUACAUCCAUGGAAAUCUGGGGAAGGCCUGCAUCCCGGACAGCAUCCCCAACCGGGUGACCGACCACACCUGCCCAACUGGAGGCCCUUUGUCCCCCAGCCUCACCACCCCUCUCCCCCCCCUAGACAUCAGUCUAACUGAACAACAACAACUGGGUUACAUGCCUCUACGGGAUGACUACGAAAUUGAGUACGACCAAGACGCAGAGAAGCUAAUAAGCGCAUUAUCGGUAAACUACGACGACGAAGAUGUAGACAUUGACAUGAAGCGUGCGCAUGUUGACAUGUAUGUUCGGAAGCUACGUGAGCGGCAAAGGCGCAAGAAUAUUGCUCGGGAUUACAGUCUUGUUCCAGCGUUUUUGGGUAAAGACAAGAAAGACAAGGAAAAGCCGGGCACAUUGGGAGUUUCUGGCAGCGCUGGCGGUUUGAGUUCAGCAAGUGUUGCUAGCAGUGGGGUCAUUGGUCAAAGUUCUACCACGACGGGUGUAGCUGUAAAUAUUCCAAGUACACCUAAAAGAAAAAUAACAAAAGAGGAGAAGGAGCAGCGUUCACGGUUGAAAAGUUUAUGUCAGUUCAUGGCAAAUAAAGAGUUUGAGGACUUUUUCGAGAACAUGCACAAGGAGCGCGUGUUAAGAGCAAAGGUACGCGAGCUCCAAAGAUACCGACGAAAUGGUAUUAUGCGAUUGGACGAGUCGGUGGAGUAUGAAGCUGCAAGACACAAACGAGAAAAAAGAAAGGAAAACAAAAGCGUGGUGACUUCUAAACGCGGAAGUAGCGGCGGUGGUGGUCUCGGCUCUGGGAUGGGAUUGGGAAGCGGUGGAGGAGGGGGCGGGGCUGCUGGAGGAAUGGGUGCAGUCAGCGGUAUCAAAGAGGAGAAUAAAGAUGGAGAGUUUGCGGCUAUUGAGAACUUGCCCGGUUUCGAGUUGUUGUCAGAUCGUGAGAAGGUGCUCUGUAGCUCAAUGAAUCUCAGCCCGGCAAGGUACCUGACUGUCAAAACUAUUAUCAUCAAGGAUCAUUUACAGAAGCGACAGGGGAUUCCAUCAAAGAGUCGGCUCCCGAGUUACCUGGAUAAAGUCUUGAAGAAACGCAUCCUCACCUUCCUCACAGAGAGUGGGUGGAUAUCUAGAGACGCUGCAUAGAUCUCAGCUAUGACCGUCAACAUGUUUACUUAGAUUAGAAAUUAAUGUGAAUUUUGUAUAUCCUGCAUUCAAAUUUCUCUUAAUUGGAUUGAAGUCUGGGCAUGCACAACUGGCAACAUUUCAAAGGAGGUAUUUUCUGACGUGCAUGAUAAUGUUUUGGGUCAGUCUGUUGCUAGUAAAGUUUGUGGUUUCAAUCAUUCAAAAUGUAAAAGACCUGCAUAUGUCAAAUUAACUAUUAAUAAUCACAAAUUGAUUGUUGCACAGUUUAUGGCUGUUCAAAGUCUAAUAGGUUUUGCAGUAGCCUGUAUUGUGCUGUCCUUGUCAGUUGCUGGAGGAAGCGAAAGACAAAAAAAGACAAUGUGAAUAUGUAUAUUUAAAACAAAUCUAAAAUAAUAUUUUUCUUACAUUGGAACAAAGAUGUAUAUUUUGUCAUUGUAGAUGCCAUAGUGGAUGUUUAAUUGAACAAAGAAUGGGCUUUGUUGUCAAGAUUAGAACAACCUCAUCAAUUUGUGAACUGUGAUUUCCAAUAUGUGCAUUAUUUGUGAGCAAUCUUUAACUGAUUUUAGAAUAUUCAUAGGGCUACAUGUAAAAAUCCAUAUGUGCAGUCCUGUAUUAUGGGACAAACCAAAUUCUAAUAAUCUAGUCUUAGUAUCCCUAAACCAAAAAGGCAUGUUGUAAUAUGCAGUCAGCAAAAAAUGUUUGAACUGUGAAUUUUCUGAUCAACACAUUGAAACUUUUACAAUCAAUUUGCAAUUCAUCCAGUGACCUCUACUGUUUACAUUAACACAGUACAUUUAGGUUUUAUUGAACUGUCGUACUGUAUAGAUUGCAUUAUUAUUAUUAUUUUUUUAAUUUUCUAACAUUUUUUUUCAACCUAUUCAACAUAAGCAGCUACAAAAAGUAAAAUCACAAUAUGGUUUAUAUAGUUGUUGCAGAAUUAGGUGUUUUAUUCAUCUUAACACUUUGGUAUCUUGUCUUCCAUCAAAAUAAUGCUUUCAGAAUUGCUUUUCCAAAUUGAAGGAUUUUAUGAAGACUUGUGUGCACUGUUUAUUGUUGUUACAGCUGUUAAAUUUGCCAAAAAUGUGUUGUGUUUGUGGAAAGAAAAGUGCCAAGGGUUGUUUGUCUUUGUAAAUACUAUUGUACCAUAAAUCUGUACAGUAUUUUUUUCAUAGCGUUUUUCUAAAAUCUAAAAAGGCCUAGAGGUUGGUAACAUUGGAUCUAGUGCUUUCCUGUGGGGUGUUCUGAUGCUGUUGACAUGUUCCUGCUGUCUCUCAGUUGCACAUAAAAUGGCUUUAUUAAAAGUGCAAAGACUUUAUACA